AAAAACAAGACCGUGGGUUACACAGCUAUCUUCUUCUUUAAUUAUGAUACUCUGAUUCUCGUUUCAUGCGAAAGCUAUUGUCGUAGGCUUAGCUAUAUGGCCUUUCUCAAACUCGUCCUCUUCCUCUUCGUGCUGUUUCAUGCCAUUUUCUUGCUCUCCCCAGCUGUGCUCUCUGAUGGUGAGGAGGACAUUGUUCUUCAAGGCCUAAACCGCUACAGAACAUCCUCAGGGUUGCCAGCCUUCGCCAAUAAUGAGAAGGCGUCCUGUCUAGCUGAUAAAAUUGCCGAAAGAGUACUAGAGAACCAGCCAUGUUCUGCAAAUGCCAACUCUAUUCAAUUAUCUAACUACCCAGACUUCCUACAAUACUGUGGAGUUGACGUUACCCAUGUUAGAGAUGGCCUAGUUUUGCCCGUUUGCGUGCCCAAAUUAGUUCCAAAUCUUGUGCUUGCCGAUUAUACAAAAACACAAAGAGCAAACUACAUUAAAGACUUGAAGUUCACUGGAGCAGGAAUUGCCUCUGAGGAUAAUUGGAUGGUGGUGGUUCUAAGCACAAACAACCCUGAAGGCAGCGUCACAGAUAUUGGAGGAAGCAGCUUCACUUCAAGCACGACCACGGGAGAGGACUUUCCAGAAGGCCAUAGUCUGAUUUCCACCGUAGGAGGUGGGCACAUUGCCGGAGCCAAUAGUUUGGUUUCCAAGGUUGAUUUUGGUUAUUGCUUGGUGUCUCUCCUGUUAGGGAUAGCUCUGUAUGCGGAAGUUCCUUUGGCUUGGUGGAACUAAUUAAUGCCCAGAAAAUGGUAUUUACUGAUCGAUGAAAAAGACUAAUUAAAUAAUUAUCGAUCGAUUGUUGUGCUGUCUUAUUAUUAUGAAUUAAAAGGGCACACAGGCUUAGUCUGUUUGAAAUU